AAGAACAUCAUAACUUUUAUUAAAUAUAAAGUUUUUAAAGAGUUUUAACGUUUUUGGAUUUAGUAACAUUGAGUGAUCGGCGUUUUUAUUUAACUUAUGCAGAUAUGUAAAAAAAAAAAAAAAGUUUCAAAACUUCUGUUUUCUUAUUUGCAGGGCUCAAAUAAGAUGAUUUCUAUUUGGAAGAUUCAGCAACUGUUUAUUGCGUUGAAUAUUUUGACAUCUACGCAUUCAUUUCGAAAACAUUCAAGGAUAACAAAAGAAAAAAGACCGCUAGAAUGUGAGUUAGGAGCAUUUACGUUUCCGGAUGAAAGUGAAGAACACGAAGGAACGUGGCUACAAUGGCCACAUGAAUUCGAGUACGGGAUUGAGUAUAGAGAAAAUUUGGAUGAUAUUUGGGUACAAAUGACAAAAGCACUUUGCGUAAAUGAAAAAGUUCAUAUAAUUGCUUAUAACAAAGAACAAGUUAAAAGAAUAAAAGAAUUGCUUCAAAAUGAAACAGUACCAUUGACUAAUGUGGACUUUAAAAUAUAUAAAACAAACGAUGUUUGGGUAAGAGACAACGGACCAAUUUUUGCAAAAGAUAGUUUGGGACGUUUAGUUAUUCAAGAUUGGAAAUUUAAUGGAUGGGGUGGAAAAACAACUUAUAAAAAGGACGAUGCAAUUCCAACUUUAAUAGGUAAAGACAUUAACAUGAAAGUUGUCAGUGUCGGGAUGGCAAACGAAGGAGGAGCUGUUGAGCUUGAUGGAAACGGAGCUUUAUUAGCAACUCGAAGCUCCAUAAUUAGCCAGAAACCUGUCAAUUCAGUUAGAAACCCUGGAAUGACUCAAUCGCAAGCAGAAAUUUACUUUUCCCAUUAUUACGGUGCUUCAAAAUUCAUUUGGUUAGAUGGAGGGUUUCCAAAAGGGGAUAUCACCGACAUGCACAUUGAUGGAAUAGCCAGAUUUGCACCAAAAAACAAACUAGUAACAAUGAGUAGAAAAGAUUUAAUUGAAUGGGGUCUUUCCAAAAAAGAUAUCAACACUCUAUAUCUUGCUUCAAAUGUAGAUAACAAAGUUUAUGAUAAAGUUUACUUGCCUUUGUCAAAAUAUAAUGUGAAUACUACAGACGGAGAGAGUCUUGGGUACAAAGGCAGUUAUAUCAAUUAUUAUAUUGCUAAUGGAGUAGUCUUAGUUCCUAAUUAUGACGAUCCCAAUGAUGACAAUGCAAAUAAGAUCAUUCAAAAGCUGUACCCUGAGAGAAAAGUAAUUGGUAUUGAUAUAAGAAAUUUAUAUAAAAAUGGUGGAAUGAUUCAUUGCGUAACACAACAACAACCAGCACAUUCGUUGUAAGGUUCUACUUAACUUGUCAAAACAUUCACUUAAUAACGUCCAAGUGAUUUACAUAUUACAUAUUACGUAAAACAAUAUUUUUUUU